UGGGGGUGUCCGGAGUUCUGACUUUCUGCACAAGAAGACAUACACAGCUAGACUCUUCUUCUUCUCCUCCUUUUCUACUGACCUAAAAAAUCCAGAUUUUUGCACAUGAACGCACAUCAACCCGGGAUAUUUGUAAGUGGAAAAGAAACGACCCUGCUCUUUACCCGGGUCGGGCUGAGACCCGGUAAUUUGCCAGUGUUCAGAGAUGCCGGAAGGUCCCACUGUGAGGAGGUUCUGCUCUCUGGUCUCCCCAUUUGUGGGCCAGGUGGUGGUGAAAGCCGGCGGCAGCACCAGGCAGAUCACUCUUCAGGAUCUGAAGGGACAAAUGUUGCAGGACUGUCAGGUUCACGGGAAGAAUGUGUACCUAGCAUUUGGAUGUGGUCUGCUGGAGAAAGCUACUCCUGAUGAUGCACGUGAAUUGGAGGAUGGGGAGCCGCACAGUCCUCAAGAAGACAAGAGAUUGAAGGAUGACGCCCCCAGUGAAGACACUGCUGCUGUCUCCAGUGAUCAGGGCAGUUUAGGAGCCAGCAAGGAGAAUCUCUUGUGCAAUUGGCUGCGUUUCCACUUUGGGCUUUAUGGAAGCGUCAGAGCUAAUGAGUUAUCUCGCGCUCGGCAAGGGAACAAGAGAGGGGAUUGGAAAGACCCAACGCCCAGGUUAAUUCUGCACUUUGAUGCCGGGAGGUUCUUGGUCUUCUACAAUUGCCGAAUGACCUGGUGUUCAUCCCCGUUUGUGGAGCCAACCUGUGAUAUCCUCUCGCCGCAGUUUGAUAAGGAAAAGGCCCUGCAUGCACUGUCACGCCCGAGAGCCGUCUGUCUCACCCUGAUGGACCAAAGACACUUCUCCGGAGUAGGGAACAUCAUUAAGAAUGAAAUUCUCUUCUUGGCACAAACCCAUCCGCUCUCCCUGGGCUCCCACCUACCCGCAGAGACCUUGGUCGCCCUGAUAGACCAUGCCGUAAGUUUCACAGCGGAGUGGCUGAGACACAAGAUGCAGAACAGAGGGCUGCGCUACCACAUCUACAUGAAGGAAUACUGCGAGAGGGGGCAUAAAGUAGUCAAAGAAUCCAUCGGCCCGCCGUCUGGGCUCAAAAGACUCACUUGGUAUUGCCCCACGUGUCAGAAGCUCGUAAACGCAGGAGAAGCGGGACAACCCACUGUACAGUAAAUCGCCCCGGGCGAGGGCAGCUUCCUGUUGAGGUCAGGAAGUCCUGAUUUUUACAGGCUGCAAUCGGCAAUCUGUCAUUCUCGGGCUCUGCCAGAAGCACUUGUGGGACUUGUAGUUCCACAGCUGCUCAAGAGCCUCGGCUGCCCACUCUGCUUUGCAAAUUACUGUCAGUGCGAUUGUUACCCUUUUGUUUAUUGUGUAAAUGUAUUGCACUGAUACAAUGCACUAAUGUUUAGUGUGUGCAACAAUAAGAAUACUGUCAUAUAUGGGUAUUUAGGGAGAAGGUAUGACUUGUGCACUAAGUGUAUAUGUAAGACGGUACAGCCAUAUAGGAGUUAGAUAUUUCAUCAGGUCCCGAUGCUGAGCAGUCAUUACCUACCUCUGGCAGAUAGGUACCUCUGGAUAUAGGCCCCUAAUACAGAAUUGGCAUGGCAUUUCUCCAUGUGGCCUUUUAUAUGUGUAUUGGUGCCUUUUAGUCUUUCCUCUCUCAUACUCACCGCUAGGAAUAAUUUACUUUCCUAUUAUAUUUUUAUUUUUUGGACUUGGGACCAGAACUUUGUACAUUUGCCACACUGAGCAAUGAUAAAGUGUCUAAUGUGUAGAUACAAAUACUAUGAGAGAAAAUAGUAUUGAUCAUUUAUUGAUGCAGAGGGCGAGUAACACCCCUGUGAUUGGGGCAACCUGUGUUUCUUUUAGUUAUAAAUACAAUAAAGUAGAAUUGUAUCUAAAGGGAUUUUUUUA